CCGAAUUGAACGAAAAGACCUCGUUUGGUGCCUCAGGCAGAAUGUCUGGCGGAAAAGAGUUGUUCCGCAUCCCGCGCCGAAUUCGACAUCUCACUCAGGCAGCCAGAUGCAGUUGAUGACAUUCACCUUCACCACGCUAUACUCAUACAGAAGACAGCUUGAUAAUCCAGCUCAAUUCUAUCCAUCCCACUUAAGGAGUACUGAUAGCGGCGAAUCUGCAGCCGGAUCAACCGAUAAUAUACCCACAAAAACCAGAAAUUCAGGCACACAUUCCCCCCUAUCGAUGCUUAUCAACGGCUUCUCCCCCGCAUUCCACAUCUUCAAAUUCACUAUCUGAUCACAAUCUCAAGAUGACAUCCACCAAGAUUACUCGUCAUCUGCAGGAGCGUUCGGCUCUGCUCCACCAAGAAACGACCACUCGCCACGACUAUGCGUUCAAGACGAACAUGUCCCCCGUCGCGAAAUCCGCGGCGGAAAUCGUUGCCCGCAUCCGCCAGCGAGAGUCGGAGAUCUUCUGGACGACAGCGGAGGGCAGCCACCAUGAGGGCAAGCAUCCGGUCGUGUUUCCGGGCAUGUCCUUUGCCAUCUCGCGCGAUCGGAUGCACCAGACUUCCCUGUACCAGAUCGUCUCGGCCAUGCCCAAGGGCUGCCUUCUCCACGCCCACAUGGAAGCGAUGAUUGAUAUCGACUGGAUGCUCGAUCAGGCGCUGGAGAUACCCGGGUUCUGGAUCUCUAGUCCGGCGCCUCUGAAGCUCGGUGCCUCCGCGCAGCCGAAACCCUUUGAAUUCCACUAUCGUCCCAAUCGCCCGGUCGCAACAGCAACGGCCUCCAUCUGGGAGGACGAUUACCCUCCACACGCGUUGAUCCCGGUGGCCGAAGCGGCCCGAACCCAUCCCAGCGGCGAGUCCGGCUUCCGGUCGUGGGCUAUCGCGCAGAUGACCAUCACCGAGGACGAGGCUUUGUAUCAUCACCAUCGCGGCAUCUUCGACGUCUGGAAGAAAUUCGCCUCGUGCUUUCGCCGAAUCGCCGGCCUCUUCUACGCCGAGCCCAUCUUCCGGCGCGGGGUCCCCCGACUCCUGCAGCAGCUCCAUAGCGACGGGAUCAAGUACGCCGAGCUGCGUCUCGUCCCGCGUCCUUUCCACCGCGAGGGGUCCGACCACCCGGAGCCCGACGCCCGCUACUUCUUCGAAUGCUUCGCGCAGGAACUGCAGCGGUACUGUGCCUCCCCAGCCGGACAAGGCUUCUGGGGCGCCCGGAUGAUCUGGACCGCCAUUCGCAGCCUCCCCGACGAAGACAUCCGCGCAUCCAUGCAAGCGUGUCUCGACUGCAAAGCCGCCUAUCCCGACCUCAUCGCCGGCUUCGACUUUGUCGGGCAAGAAGAUCUCGGCCGACCACUGGUGGAUCUGCUGCCGCACUGCGAGUGGUUCCAGGAAGAGUGCACCCAACGCAACCUCCAAAUCCCUUUUUUCUUCCAUGCUGGCGAAUGUCUGGGCGACGGCGACGCCACGGACGGGAAUCUGGUGGAUGCGAUUCUGCUCCAAUCGCGGCGGAUCGGCCACGCAUUCUCGCUGUACAAGCACCCGCUGCUGAUCGAGAUGGUCAAGGAGCGACGGAUUCUGAUCGAGAUGUGCCCCAUCUCGCAUGAGAUUCUCCGCCUCACCGCCAAUAUCCUGACCCAUCCCAUGCCGGCGUUGCAGGCGCGCGGGGUGCCGGUCUCGUUGAACAAUGACGAUCCGGCGAUUUUGGGCCACGGGGGCAAUGGGCUGAGUUAUGAUUUCUAUCAGGUGUUGAUUGCGUUUGAGAACACGGGUCUUGGGGGACUGGCGACAAUGGCCGAGGAUAGUGUUCGCUGGGCGGCGUUUGAGGAUGAGACGGAGGCUCAGUGGCUGGCUGGGGUGGAGGGGACCAUGGAGGGAGUCAAAGCAUCGCGGCUGCAGCAGUGGCGGGCUGCGUUUGAGGACUGGUGUCAGUGGAUUGUCCAGGAAUUUGCGCAAGAGUUGGAAGAGAGCAAUCCGAAGGUGGACCAGUAGCCUGGAUGAGGACGCAGAUCAAACAUCACCGGUAGGGUUACCUGUCUGUACAUUCCAACCUGAUUCUACCUGUUGUUACUUCCGUAGUGGAUAUACAUAGAGUCAGUGGAUAUACAUAGAGUCAGUGGAUAUACAUAGAG